GCGAGAGGAAAUCCUAAGGAAAUGUGUGGGAUCACGCUCGGUGUUUCCAAGUAGCCUGAGCGUUAUUGACAAACUGUUUUCAUUGUGUAACGGUAGCUUGUGGUGCGCACCGUUCCUCCGACACAAUAACGGGUGUAGUGACCGACAAGUAAGAGGGGGGGAAGAGGGGAAGCGAUAGGUCACAAUGUCGAUUCAGUACGAGGUGGAACAGCUGGCUGACAGCUACGGGGUUGCGGACUCGUUCCCCAAAGAUUUCGGUUAUGGUGAAGAGGAGGCCGACAUCGAGGACAGCCCGUCGCCGUCCGACAGCAAGCCGAGGAUCCUGCUCAUGGGUCUAAGAAGAAGUGGAAAAUCAUCCAUACAGAAGGUGGUGUUCCACAAAAUGUCUCCCAAUGAGACCUUGUUCCUGGAGAGCACCAACAAGAUCUACAAAGACGACAUCUCCAGCAGCUCCUUCGUCAACUUCCAGAUUUGGGACUUCCCGGGUCAGGUGGACUUCCUCGACCCUACCUUCGACUACGAGAUGAUCUUCAGAGGAACGGGGGCUUUGAUAUUCGUCAUCGAUGCUCAGGACGACUACGUGGAGGCCCUGAGCAGGCUCCACCUCACAGUGUCCCGCGCCUACAGAGUCAAUCCAGAGAUAAACUUCGAGGUCUUUAUCCAUAAAGUGGACGGCCUCUCAGACGAUCACAAGAUCGAGACGCAGAGAGACAUCCAUCAGAGAGCUAACGACGACCUGGCCGACGCUAGUUUAGAGAAGCUGCAUCUCAGCUUUUACUUGACGAGUAUUUACGACCACUCCAUCUUUGAGGCCUUCAGCAAAGUGGUGCAGAAGCUCAUCCCUCAGCUCCCCACUCUGGAGAACCUGCUCAACAUCUUCAUUUCUAACUCAGGGAUAGAGAAGGCCUUCCUGUUCGAUGUGGUCAGUAAGAUCUACAUCGCCACAGACAGCUCUCCGGUGGACAUGCAGUCCUACGAGCUGUGCUGCGACAUGAUCGACGUGGUCAUCGACGUCUCCUGCAUCUACGGUCUGAGGGAGGACGGCAGCGGCAGCGCCUACGACAAAGAGUCCAUGGCCAUCAUCAAGCUGAACAACACCACGGUGCUCUACCUGAAGGAGGUCACCAAGUUCCUGGCCCUGGUGUGCAUCCUGCGGGAGGAGAGCUUCGAGCGCAAAGGAUUAAUAGACUACAACUUCCACUGUUUCCGGAAGGCCAUCCAUGAAGUGUUUGAGGUGGGGGUGACCACGCAGCGUGCGACAGGCGCCCAGGCGGUGGGCUCGCCCUGCAGCAAGGCUGUCGCUCUGAACGGGACGCCGCGCAACACUGUCUAGACACUGAUCUCCAAUAAAAAACAAAAAGAUGCAAAAAGAGAGGACAGGAAAGGAAACAAGCAGAGAGCCUGUAGAGGAGAGACUACUGAACUGGGGCUCACAGGCCACCAACCACAACCCCUUGCUCCUCCCAGCACCCAACGUACUGUGAGACAGCCAAGAGUGUGUGUGAGACAGCUCCAGCCAAGAGUGUGUGUGUGAGACAGCACAACGACCUCUCAAGCUGGAAGGGAAAUACAAGCACUCGUUUCUGGGGAAUUAGAGGAAGUGAAAGAGAGAAAAACUGCACCUGGACAGGGAAAAAAAGUCCAGGAUCUUUCUUUGGAUUUCACGGUCAAAGGCUGUGAUAAUUAGCUGCUUGUCCCUCUCCACGGACAAUGUGAGGAGGGAAAACAAAACCCUUGUUGUGACCUCUUGCUCAUGGACAAAACUUUGAUGUCAGUUUGCAGGAAUCUGUGUGGCGAUGAACCCACCCCGGCCACUUCUGUGCUGAUAGAAAAAAAAGAUGGUGGAUGUGAAUUGCUGGUCCUAACACUCGUACAUGUUCAGAGAUGGCCUUAUGGAGAUGAAGCUUGUCUGCAGUGCAAGCUUUCUCUCACCACCACUCACCUCACCCUACCUGAAUGCUGCCCGAAACUCGCUUUUUGGUUUCAAUUGUGAAGGGAAAACAAGGUUUUUUGAGCAGACUGAAAAGGGAUUGCGUUGUCCAUUUAACUGGGUCUCGUGUGUGUAUGUGUGUGUAUGCAGGUACAUAUGGAAGUAAGUGUGUGUGUGUGUGUGUGCGGGUGUCAAUGAAAGGUUUUGAUUGGGACCUUUUUACAGAAAGAGUUUAUGACCUUCUCAUAACAGCUGCUUAGCAUAUUAAACUCUCUUGAUCCGUGAAAGUAACUUUUCUGUGUGCGCUCCUCUGAAAAAUCGAUUGACUUUAUGAUAGAUUGUAGAAAAUAUUUUGGUUGGAAAUUUGAAAAUAUUCUGAAAAAGCACUGCCAAAAUAUUGAAAUGACUCGGUUAUAACCUUGUUGCCAUUUAUUUAGAAAAAAUUAUUUGUUAUAAAUACGGUAAGACAUUGUCGGAGGAUAAUAUGAACUGGUUGAAACUUGCAUGUUUUUCCACCUACAGUUUCAGUCCUGCCCAAAAUUAUUAAUUCUGUUUUGUAUUUAGUUUGGCUCUGUUCAGCAGGAUUCACAAAAACAAAAUGUACCCAUUCCAAGCAUGCAUACAUCGGUGUCAGCUUGUUCUCAACCGUCACAGAAAACCAUGUGAGAAACUGCAACUAACCAAGACGAGUAAACGGAUAAACAAGAAAAAGACCACAUGUCAUUACUAUUGCCACAACAUUUAGAUACCCGUUUGUUUAUAUCAGGACUGAUAUAUGGAAACCCUGGCUGCAUAUAAAGACCUGACUGUCAUGUUAUCUUGAUAUAUUUGCCCAGUGAAACAUGUUCAUGUUGCAGAUUUAACUCGGCAGACAUUAUUCCGGUAACUCUGUGAAACUGCUUCUUGAAACAGACCCUGAGACCCUCUUAACCUAGUCAUUAUUAGUCAACUGAAAUAAACACUUGCACAUCAGAACUGUGAUGGAUGAUUGAUUUCAUGUAUUGUGAUGAUGCUAUACUAUGUGAAAUAAAUGAACAUUUUAAUUUUAA